AUGUCUCUACCACCAUCAGUUAUUCAUAUCAAGAGAAAAGCCACAGAUUUACCCCAGGACUUUCUUCGUGUUGAUGAUGCGGUUACAAAACGACAACGUAGGACAACCGAUUUUGUUUACUCCAGACAACAAACCCCACAAAUCGAAAGUACCCCUUCGACUCCUCAAUCAGCUCCACCAGGAAGACGCAUUAAACCAUUACAUCGUUCUACAAGCUCUCGUUCUUUGGCUAUCAGAACACAAGGCAAGAGUGAAGGAAAUGGAAAUAUUCAACCAAUAAAUGAAAUCAAUAAUGAGAAUCAAGCCCUCAAAACUCAACCUCCGCUUGCCAAUAUUACUACAAAACAAAAUGCAGAAGUAAACCACUCUCCGGGUAGCGUUCGACCUUCAAGUAGUGGGCGUCCAUCGAGUAGUGGAAGUACGAAGAAACCAGUUCAGCAGCGACGAUUUCAUCUAUCAAGAAGUGCAACACCGGCAGUAUCUUCAAGUCCAGGCGUACGAAAGCGCAAUGCUACCGUUUUUAUUGAACGUCGUGUGCGACAAAAGACACAGGAAGAGAAGUGGACAUCUGUGGCCAAUGCUGCCAUUGAAUCAGAGAAUGUUGCUACCGAGAAACAAGAACAAGAGGAAAAACCUCGAAAAAAGCCUGGCCGAGGUUCGAGAGUGCAAGUAGCAUCUACAAAAGACAAGAAAGAUACCAAGGAAACCACCGCACCUCAGUCAAAACCACCUUCCGCGUUAGUCAAUCCUUGGGGUCUUGAUACGGAUGAUUUGGCUGCACAGAUGCAAGCUUAUACACUACAAGAAAUUGGUCGUAGUAUUGCAGAAUCUAAGGCAGAAGAGCCUACACCACCUUCACCAGUUCAAUCCUUCCGCAAACCAGCAUCAUCUAGAUUCAAGCCCAAGAAACCGGCUUUGCGCUACAAGGAACGUCAUCCAGAGGAAAAUGCUAUGGAUAUUGACCAGGAUCAAAUGUCUGAAGUUGAGACUGAAGACGAUAUGGAUACGGAUACAGAAUAUAUCAUAGAGACAUAUCAUCGUGUUCCUGCAGAAGAUAUCGAUAAUGAGGACAACAAGAUUAAUUUCGGUAUCCUCGUACUUGAUGCACAAUCAGAUAUUGAUGAAUUUUAUCAAGAAUGGGAUACAGAUGAGGAGAUAGAAGAUGAAGCAGAUGAAGAUGAGAAUGACAUGAUAUUAACCUAUACCAAAGAUGAAAAUUACUACACAGCCGAUUACCCGGAUGCAGAGGUCGAUUCGGAUGACGAGUAUAAUAGAAAUGCAUAUGCAUAUCGUACAGGCAAUGCGUCGGAUCUGGAAGAAUUCGAUGAGGAUGAUAGUGAUGAGGAUGAAAUGGGAUUUAGUGAUGAUGAAACCGACAAGUUAAAAUAUCCAUGGCAGAAAGUUGCAGCACAUGAACGAAGAAAUCAAAUGAAUCGUUUUGCAAGUGGGGAGGAUGAUGAUGAAGAUAUGGAGUAG